CUCACAUCAUCACGCAAUAUUAUUAUAAUUAUUAAAUCACAUCCAUAUAUAUUUCAUAAUUUUACAACACCCGUUGUUUCACCAACCAACCAACUAUAUAUACAUCACAUGUUACACUUAUAGUCUAUAUCUUACAAUUAACUUUAAAUAUUAAGAUACCCAAUGCUCGGAGAAUUGAAUUAGACUCUAUAUGCUCCAGUUACUGAUAAUCCACGUACUUUGAAAAAUUAUACCUUCAAUUCGUGUAUAACCUCGUGGAGAAAGCAACACCCCUAAAAAUACAUUUUUUUUAAGCAAAAAUUAUCAAAAUUAGUAUUUAUCCAACAAACGUUAUUUUAUACAUGCGAAAAGAAAUUUUCAAUCUUGUAACUGGAUUGAUAAGUGUACUUCUUCUUUGAGAAUUUUGAAAAGAAGUUGUGUUUUUCCAGUCGGAGACAAUCUUUUAGUAGAGAAGAAAAGUGCAAAUGAACACCUAGUGGAAUUUAUUGCACUCUUUCAGUGAUAACAACCGUUUUUCAGGUUGUGCCAUAGUGUUCGCAUAGACAGUUUUUUGUACGUUUUGUAAAUUUUUGAAUCUAAAAAAAAGAAGGGAAAAGAAGCGGGUCUUCGGCAAUGGGCGGAUGUACUUCCAAGGAUACAGCUUCGGCUGAUGAUAAAAAAAGCAACAUGGUGGAUCAAGCAGUGCUCGAUAAAUUGGAAGCUGGUUUUUCCAAGCUUGCUGCUUCGGACAGUAAAUCAUUGCUUAAAAAAUAUCUGACGAAGGAGGUGUUCGAUCAAUUGAAAACGAAGAAAACUUCAUUUGGUUCUUCUCUAUUGGACGUGAUUCAAUCUGGCGUUGAAAAUCCCGACUCAGGAGUUGGCAUCUACGCACCUGACGCUGAAUCCUACACUCUUUUCGCCGAUCUCUUUGACCCAAUCAUCGAAGAUUAUCAUGGUGGAUUCAAGAAGACCGACAAGCAUCCACCCAAAGAUUUUGGAGAUGUUGAUACUCUUGGAAAUCUCGACCCAACUGGCGAGUUUAUCGUGUCUACACGUGUGAGAUGCGGUCGCUCAUUGGAAGGCUACCCCUUCAAUCCAUGCUUGACUGAGGCUCAAUACAAAGAGAUGGAGGAGAAGGUCUCCAGCACUCUUUCCGGACUUGAGAAUGAAUUGAAGGGAACAUUCUAUCCCUUGACAGGAAUGAGCAAAGAUGUUCAACAAAAAUUAAUCGACGAUCAUUUCCUGUUCAAAGAAGGCGAUCGUUUCCUUCAAGCCGCCAAUGCUUGCAGAUAUUGGCCAUCUGGACGUGGUAUUUACCACAACGAUGCUAAAACUUUCCUCGUUUGGUGCAACGAAGAAGAUCAUCUUAGAAUUAUCUCCAUGCAAAUGGGAGGUGAUCUUGGACAGGUGUACCGCCGCUUGGUGACUGCCGUGAACGAUAUUGAGAAACGAUUGCCAUUCUCUCACAACGAUCGCCUAGGCUUCUUAACUUUCUGCCCAACCAACUUGGGAACGACAGUUCGCGCGUCGGUGCACAUCAAGGUACCGAAAUUGGCGGCCAACAAGGCAAAGUUGGAGGAGGUCGCAUCCAAGUUCAAUCUUCAAGUUCGCGGAACACGCGGCGAACACACUGAGGCUGAAGGUGGCAUUUACGACAUCUCCAACAAGCGGCGACUUGGUCUCACUGAAUAUCAAGCCGUCAAGGAGAUGCACGACGGCAUCGCUGAGCUUAUCAAAAUAGAAAAAGAAUUAUAAAAUCAGAACCUAUCUAUUUUACGUUACUAUUAAUACUCUUCGUUACUUUAGUAUUAAUGCAACUCCCAAAGCAAACACACUUACUGUUAUAAUUACUGAAUUUAUUUUUAACAUAUUAUUUUUCAGCUGGAUCAAAAAAAGAAAGGAAAUUGAUAGUUAAUAAAAUCGAAUAGUAAAAUA